AUGGGCUCCGCAGCUCGCGCCGUGCUCCGCAUCACCACCAUCACCACAGCCUUCACCAUGAACUUCACCCCCCGACGCUGCAUCGGAACAACGCCAUACCUCGCCCGCAGCAACGCCCACCCCAACGAAGACACCAUGGCCGGUGGCGAGCCUCUCGCUAGCACUGCACGCAGCACGCCCUCCAAGCCGAAGAUCUUCAACUCGCGCAUGCCCGGCGAUGGUGAGGCCAAGCACCUAACCGAAGAACAGAAGGAGGAGGUCGAAGUGCAUAACCGCGGUUUCAAAAAUAAGAACGAACGCGGGCAGACGGCAGAGGACGACAAGGUGAACAAGAAAUUUUGGAAAGGUUGA